AUGAACAAUGCUGUAUUUGGAAAAACUAUUGAAAAUAUUAGGAAACAUCGAACUGUUAAAUUAGUUAAUCAGUGGAAUGGAAGAUAUGGAGCGAAGAAUCUUAUUGCAAGUCCCUUUUUCAAAUGUAGAACAAUAUUAGAUGAUGAUUUGGUAGCAAUCGAAAUACAAAACCGACUACUUAUAUUUGAUAAACCAAUAUAUGUUGGAAUGUCAGUAUUAGAUAUUUCGAAGAUAUGUCUAUAUGAAUUCCACUACGAUUAUUUUUUACCUACCUUCAAGGAUUGUAUAUUGAACUAUGUAGAUACCGAUAGUUUAACAUAUGAAAUUAGUAAUCAAGAUCCAAACGAGCAAAUCAGACAAGAUUGUCCUACUCGAUUUGAUACAUCAGACUAUCCUCCUGAUAAUGUAUACAAUAUUCCAAGAGUGAAUAAAAAAGUUCUUGGACUCAUGAAAGAUGAAAACAACGGUUUGAUAAUGACAGAUUUCGUUGGAUUACGUUCAAAAAUGUACUCUUAUUGUGUAGACUCAAAAGAACUUAAAAAAAUCAAGGGAAUCAAAAAGAAUGUUGUGAAAAGUUUAUCAUUUAAUGAUUUCUUACAGUGCUUACUGAAUGAUAGUGUAAUGUAUAUCAAACAGAGAAAUAUAGUUUCUAAGGGUCAUAAUGUCUUCUCAGUAGAACAGAAAAAAAUUGCUCUAUGCUAUAAAGAUGACAAACGUUACAUAAUUCCACAUUCCCACAACACACUGCCUUGGGGUCAUUAUAGCAUUAAACAAUAA